AUGGGCAGGGUGGUGGUGAAUGAGGGGCGAUGGGGAAAUGGCAGCAAAGGAAGGGAGACUGGGCUGGCUGAUGAUCCCUAUUUGGAGAAGUGGGACCAGGCAGCGGUCAAUGGGAUAUAUGCCGAGAAGCGCUCUCAAGGCACCCCGGAGGACGAAGAGCCCAGCAGAAGGCCGGACUGGGCGGAGCUAUGGAGCUCUGAUCCCGCCCCGCAAAGGGUCAAGCGCCGACCCGGAAGUAUAAAGGCAGGCCCUCCGAGCUCAGUAAGGCGCCAGCCGUCAGAGGGACUGGACGUCUGUGACCGAGCUCCCGCUGGGGAGGCAGCAGAAGGCAGCGGCCGGCCUAGCCUUCCCCUUGCUCACUAUCCCGGGGAGGCCUGGCAGAGCCUGCCCCACUCCAGCUGCCCGGAGGAGGAGCCAAGCCUGCCCCGCACUCACUACCCCGAGGAGGACUGGCCGGGACCAUCCCGCUCCAGCUACCCUAACGAGGAGCCGAACCUACUUUUCACCACCUACCCCGAGGACCCGCUGAACCCGCCCGGGGACGCUCACCUUGAGGAGCCGAUGGUGGCUGACCCCUGCGCUGACACCACGACGACUCAGAAUACCUGACUGAAAUCGGCCUUUAUCACCC